AAGGGAUUCCUCUUCCAAAACUCGCCAUCGGUUGAUUCGAUUUCCAACUGACCUAUUGUGCUGACUUAAAAAAAGUGGAAUACAAAGUUUAUAUAUGUUACAUUGAUUAAAUGUUUAAUAAAAACGAAGAGAAUACAUACAUAAGGAAUUUAUUCAAUUUCGCUCUGGAGCAGAAUGUAAUAAAUGUAAUUGGAGUCACUUGCCAAACGGAAACGAAUUAUAAAGAGUAACAAGUAAUUAAAAACUUAAAUGAAUAAACGUAUUCACAAUGUACCAAUACACUGCACUGGACGUGAAAGAGCUAUUACAUCCAAACUUAUUACUGAACAUAGCCGAGUUAAGAAAACUAAAAUCAACAGUAAUAACCAAGAAGAAUAAUAAAUUAAGAAGACGCACAACAACAAUCACUACCAAAAUAAAAUUUAGAGCAAAAUCUAAGAAUCUCAUUAGCAGUGUUUGUCUCAUCUUCAAUUCAACUUCGACACAAUAUCUGUUAUCUUCUUUAAAACGUUUCAAAACUAAAGCGGAUUUAACUGGUAGCAAGCGUCAUACGAUAAUAAUAAGCAAACCAUUAUAACCUAGCAGUUUCUAUGCAAUAUUUAUUAAUAUAUAACAAAAUAAAAACACCAAUCAGUUUCCUACGGCGACAGGGACUGAAAAUUGGCGCGUUCGCAUAUAAAAACUAUAACAAAGUAGUACGUACCUACAUAUAUGGUGCAACUAUGUACAUGUAAAAUUAGCAUAUAUGUAUGUAAAAUGUAUAUUUAGUAGACAACUAAUGGAUUAUACCUUUUAAUAAGUGCAUACAUUUAUACACAUGUAUUUGUUUAAAUAAUGUAAACGCCCUGCGAAAGGCUUAACAAAAUGACGUCGCAUUCACAAAUAAACUAUGAUUAUAACAAUGAAAACGAUGCCUUAUCCUGCAAUAGCCGACCAAUUAGUAGCACUUUACGUAGAGAAAAUAAAAAUAAUCAAUUUAAAAAUCACGUUGACAGCUGCGGCAAUACAAAUAUCUAUGGCACCACUAACGGAUCCAGUGCACCCAUUAACGCAGUACUGCACCAGAAAUCUAACAAAACUGGCAGUGAAAUGAGCGCAGAUGGAAGUGAUGGUAACCGGGCGUAUAGAAAUACCUACAACUGCGGCAUCAAUGCCUUAAUAUUAACAGCAUCUGCAACAACAACCAUCAAAUCUUCAGAAUCUACCGCAGCUGGAAGCGAGUACAGCCAGCUGCAUGCCGGCAGUGGUUAUGCUCAUAAUGAUAAUGUUAAUUAUCAGUGUCACACGUAUAAUAGCUAUGCUACUGAUACUUAUACGAACGUUGGCGGUAACAGCCGCGGUUACAGCUGUAAUGUUGAUCCCAUCUGCAGAACCAUGUACGUUAGUGCUUCAAUAGCUGGUAAUACAGGGGAAUUUAACGAAGGCAGUAGUGGUGGCAGCACAACGUAUACGACCUGGGAGAACACUAUGCGUAAUGGAGAACAUGUCAGUGACGGGCGAUAUUCAGCGUUAAGUAGUACAAAAAUGUUGCCGCGCUUACCGACGAAGCCAAACAAAAGCAUGCUCGAUGGUAUGUACGAGUAUACGGGUGGACUGAAGGUGCAGCAGCAACGUGAUGAUGUUAAGCAAUCACUAGCAAUGUCAUCUGCGUUGCAGUUACAAACAGCAGUAGCGGCACGGACUCCGCAAUGUCGCAUGCACUCGCAAAUGCAAGUGUUAACACAAGGCUACGGUGCAUCGCGUUUGACUGAAUUGGCCGAACCUGCUACUUGUACGACUGAUAGCUCUCGAGGUGAUGUUGGCCUUAAUGAGCAACACUUAAAUGGAAUGGCAUCAUUGCGUUUACUGCCUCAGCUUCACAGUCAGCAGUCACCACAUGUAAAUGUUUUGAAAAGACAGAUAUUUGAAGGUGGUAACGCUACGGCAAUAACAGCCACACCGACAACAACAACUGAGCUCCAAGACACCGAUUGCAACACAUACGACAAUACGACAAUAAAAAAAAACUAUUACGCUAAUUGUGACGGCAAUGGAAGUAAGCGUAGCGAACGAUGUGGCUCCUAUUACGCAGGAUUUGACGAUUCCAAAUCGGUUUACUAUGCGUCAGCAGUGCAACGGCGACAUACAUCGAUGUCGCCACUUGAUUUUCGGGAAUUUGACGACUACAGUAAUUCAUAUAAUAACGCAUAUAGUAACACCGACAAUUUAUCGACAUGUAGUGACACGCCAGCAUAUACAGCAACACAAGCCCAAAAGCAGCAGUUGCAGCAACAGCGCAAGUAUGCGAUAUUGAUGGCAAUGACUACGGCAUCGGUGAUAGCGUCAGGUGAAACGCGUACACCAGUGAAGCGUAUUACCGAACGCACAGCGACAACUCUCACCGAUCGAACGACGCUACAUAAAAAGGUCCUGCCGCCAACCACAGCGGGUAAAGUGGCUGACGAGUAUCAUUAUAUUGGCAUGGAAACCGACUUGUGGGAGUGGAAGAAUGAAAGAAUAUGUAGUAAUAGAGCACCACCAAAAUCUUUAACAGCAAAUAUCGCGCACGAUAAAGAUCAGACCGAUAUUAUAGUCGAUAAAUUAACAAUCACAGAAGCGAGAUCAACGGCAAUAUCGGAGGCGGCCUCUGUUGCGAUGACAAGUAAUGUUACGCUGACGGAAGCCGCAACAACGUCACCAACUAGCGCAAUCAGAACAAGUGAGGUUGCAUCACCAACGGCACUCGUCCAGCCGACUACUGCUAGAAAAUUGCCAAAGCGUCUACCAACGCCACAAUACAAUAGUGACAAAAACAACGGCAGUAGGAAAGCAAAUGGCGUAAGUAAGAAGCUACCAAAAUUGCCAAUAGAAAUGAUUGUGUCGAGCGACAGCAGCAACACGACAGCUGAUAUGCCAACUAAAAAAAUAGAGCAAGCAGUUCCGCCUAUAAUAGCAAAAACAACUUCAAUAAAAUCGUUAUCAACAUCAUCGGCUGUAUCAAGUACAUUGCCUUCGUUAGCUGUAAACACCCACUCGAAAUCAUUAACAUGCAUAACAUCAACAUAUGUAUCAUCAUAUUCACCUUCAUAUUUGUCAUAUUUAUCAGAUGCAACAACUACCAUAGCUAGUGCAGCAGUAAAAACACCAAAAUAUAAUGAAUACCUUCCAUCAAGCAAGACUUAUACAUUGAUUUUAAAUGAGGAAGCAUUGGGUACUACGCCAACGACAACAAUAGUUACCGCAUCCGUACCAACGACAAUGGUAUCAAGCUUUGCAAAACCAUCUAAUCGUUUAAACGUUACUAGCUCUGACAAUGAUAUUACUUUAUCAGUUGUACUAACAACUGGUACAGUAACGGUGACUACAACGGAAACGUCGUACAGUCCAGGUUAUAGUAAAAACAGUAGUUACCUCACCACCUAUAACAACAACAAUAUAAACGAUAGAACUUCUGUUGGAUACCACAUGAACAAUUCGAAUAAUAACAAUAUCCUUACAUCGCUAAGCAUCGCGGCACCAAUAAUUUCCUCAGAGAAAAAAACAUCAAUAACAACAAUAGCACCGACGUACUCAGAAUCAUUGAUUACAUCAGAACUUCCAUUUUAUUUGACCUCCUCAAAUAUCAGCAGCAGCACCAGUACUAGUAUAGUUGCGGAUUCGUAUGCAAAUAUUUCACAACCGAUAUCUUUGCCCCCAUUGUACUCGCCUUCCAUAUCAAUGCCAUGGUAUACAUGUACAUUAUUGCCAGAUGUAUUACCGACAGUAUCAGUUAUUACAACGACUUCAAGGCCACAAGCAGAAGUAACAACAUCACCAAUGGCAUCAACAAUUGCUUUCAUAUCAUCCGAACAAAGUGGCUUCUUGACAAGCUCUAAAUUUAGUCAUAGUUGUAGUGAUAGUUUUGGGAACAUCACGAGCAUUAGUAAUGCACAUAGACUUUCAUCGGCGAAAACAAAUACUUCUAGUAGCGUUAUUGGUAAUUGCAUGAGUACCAUUUUUGAUGAAUACCUUAAGCGGAAUGUCGACAGCUAUCAUAGUUUUAUAUCAUCAACAACGCCAACAGCGAUUGCAACGAUAGAAGGCACUGCAACUGUAAUUGCAACCGCGGCUGCAACUGCUACAAAUAGAACAACCACAACCAUCACAUCAUUAUUGUCAUUAGCGAGCCUCAUUCCUGCGACGAAUACUGUAGUAACAACUGCAUGUGCCUCAUUAGGGUCCUCAACUUUUACAUUAGAAAAAAAAUUAGCAUCGUCUACGAGUAUAGUAUUGUCAUCCACUGAAAGCUUAAGCCCCACAUGUGUCUUACUGAAAUCAGCCAAAACAACAGAAAUCAUAAAAGAAGCAGAAGACCAUGAGACACCCUUAGCAAUAACAACAAGCAUAUCCACAUCAAAUUAUUUUGGAAAUGAUUCUCUUAGUUCAAUCACAGCCCCGACAACAAUAAGUAGCAGUAAUAGUAAUGGUAAUAAUAACAGUAAUGAUAGUAGUGGCCAAUUGCUCACAACAACUAUUGAACCAGCAAAAAAAGUUUCAGUCUCAGCCACAUCAUCAACUAAAACGGCUUUCACCACUACACCAACAUCAUAUUCAGAUUAUUUGACACAAUACCAAUUACCAGUAGCAACAGUUGCAACAGUUGCAACAAAACCAUUGUCAGGUAUUGCCUACGACGAUUAUAGCAUAAAUAAUGAUACUGACAUUGCCAAUGACAUCAAAAGAGGAUUGCCUGCAUAUAUAACCGAUUUUCUAAACUGUGAUAGAACAAAGUCGAAUAUAGAUAUAACACCCAUAAACAUAAAGUCGACAACUGAAGACAGCUCAGCAGCAAGCACGCCCCCCACGCUGGUUACAGCAACAGAAAAAGUCCCAACGACUAUCAGCUCAACCGUUGGUGUUGAAAAAUUAAGUGACGCCUUGCCAGGAGCAACAGCAGGCUUUGCAAUCGUUAGUGAUGUAUUUUCCAUUCCCUACUCCUUAGAGAGCACAAUAUUUACUGGUGAUAAAAAAUGUGUUGAUAUGACUUCGACAACGUCCAUGGCACCAUCAGUAACAACGCUGUCACUCGCCUCUGCAUUUGAUGACAAUUUUUACAAUAGUUACAACGUAGACUGGACUGAUCUGACUGUACCUGUUGCUGAGGAAAGUGUAGCAGCUACGUCGCCAGUUACGGCAGACAGUUCGUCUUAUCAACACAAUGAUAAUGCCGUGAUAACAUCAGCAUUGCUCAGUACUUCAAUCGAAACAGCAACAUCGGCUAUAUCAACAGUAGCAACACCAGGUAGCAUUGGUAUCGGUGGUGGCCGUAUACAAGAUGGUUAUUUUCGCCCAACGUUGUCAAUAACAAAUACAGAUAUAUUUAACAAAAAUUCAAUGACGACGAAAAUAACAUCAACAGCAACAGAAAUAGCGACAACAACGUCUGCUUCAUUUGGUGUUACCGGCAAAGCCACAAGUGUGUUUGGUGGCAUUUCCAAAGGCCUAAAAGGCGGUCUGGAUGGUGUGCUUAGCGGUGUUGUAGCCACAACCGAUAUUAAUGCCAAAAAACAAUCACAACAACCACCAAAGAAGAGUGGCUUUGGCUUCGGGAUUGCUUCAAAGUUUGUGCCGAGCGUCGGUGGUUUACUUGCCGGUGCUACGGCUGCGGUCCAACAGACGGGAGUUCCAAAGGCAGGUAAAAGCACAGAUACUGUCAACUUAGCAGCAACAUUAACGGUGGCAACAAAGUUGGUAGACACAGGGGGUAUGUUAUCUACUGCAACAACUGCAACAGACACCUCCCUUGCUAAAUUGUAUACUGGAAAUGAGGUACUCGAAGACUGUAGCAGUAGCAAAAAUAGUUAUGACUUCUCUACUGGCAGUGCUAAUUUGAAUAAAUUUAGUGAUCCUUCGUGUACGAAUAACACCGUUCAAUUAGAAAGCACUUCGUACGAUGUGAGCGGUAAUGCCAUGUACGGUCAACAAUCUCACGAUAUGAUGUCGAAUACAAUGCACAUGAUGGGUGACAUCAGCGUCGACAGUGGUGACGACACCAUCUACCUGCAGUAUCAGCAACCGCAGUUAUCCGCUAAAGAGGUGGCAAGUGAUAGAAUAGAAGUUCAAUUUAAGCACCACACAUAUGAAGAUGGCUAUGAAGCUGGCGAUGUGGCGAACAAAAAUGCAGCCGUGGAUGAUGAGUAUGGCUACCCUGAGUAUAAUGAGUACGCGGCAAAGUUAGUAGCUGGUGAUGAUAUUUAUAAUGUCAUUUAUGCUGAGCAAAUAGCCAAUGAAAUACACAUUGUUGGGGCCGAUGGCAGUGUGGUAAGCACGACAGCUUUAUUUAACGAUAACACGAUGACAACAUAUUACCAUCCGCCACAACAAAUUAACAAUGAGCAUGGACGUGAACAGCAGCAAGGCACAAAAUUUCCGAGCUCUACAUCCUCAGCGAAGAAGGCCACAUCAUCGCUGUUGCCGUCACUGACGAAUUUUGCUGCACAUAUACAGACCCAACCCCAACCUAAAAGUGGCUUUAGUAAUAAUGAAAUGGCCCAGUUGUCACCACCAACAACAGCUACGGCUGCUAAGCCUGCUGGUGGUGGUGGAGGUGCAGCCGGUGGCAUGUUUGGUUCGUUCCUGGGCAAAGCAGCUGCAGCGGUACAAUCGGCUACCCAAGUUGUCAAUCAAGCUACUACGGUCGUGCAACAAAAGGCGGCUACAUCUUCAAGAGUAAUAACAGUGACAACAUCUACAGGCAUAUUGCCAACGACAGCAACGGUCGUGGCUGCGGUCACACAGGGUUAUACGCUCAUGCACAAUAACGAUUACAAUAUGCAUCAGCAGCGAGAACAACAAAAAUUGCUAUCGCACCAAAACUCAUUGUCAAGCCAAUACUCCAAUACCACAGCAAAUGGCGAUGAUUAUGAAAAUAGAAAUUUGUAUCAUUACAAUGAUAAUGCAGCUACUAUUGACACGGUAACAACAACUGCGGUAGAUACUGCAUCACAACAAUAUGCCAAUUACUAUUUAAAUGGUAAUCAAAGCCAACCGCAAGAACAUCAAAGUGGUAAAUUGUUGCCGGCGGUGCCACCAGCUGGAUCUACCGGUAAAAAGCUGCCCACCAUCAAUACCAGUAAGUCAGGCUUUUUGAUAAAACAGCAGCCAACCGAAAUCUACGACGACGAUCUAAUUGCUGACGAUAUGAACCAUGUCAAUGGGCACCCCCUAAUCGAUAUUAGUGAUGAACAUGAUGAAUUGCUCGAUGACGAUGAAAUCGUCAACGAGUUGAAUGAUAAUAAAUUGGAUAUUGUUGAUAACGGUGAAUUGGAUCGGUACAUCGUUGAUGAUCGUAUUGGCGACGAAACGAGUUAUAAACAGCAAAGCUUACGACAAAAACAGCCGAACUAUGACAUCGAUAGUGAGGAAGCUAAUUACUACAUGGAUCCCCAGCUGCAAAUGACACCGUCGGAUACGCAGCAAAAACUUUCGCAACAUCAUCAGCGACGAUUGAUUGCCAAUAGUUAUUAUGAGCAUAACAAUGGUGGUUAUGAUUAUCGAGAGGAUUAUUUUAAUGAGGAAGAUGAGUAUAAAUAUUUGGAGAAGGAGCAAGAGCUGCUUUACAAGCAACAGAAAAAGCAAAAAUUACCGAAACAAAAACAACAGCAACACAGUUAUCAGCUUGAUGAUACUAGUGAUAUAUAUUUAGAGGAGAACUACCAAAGCGAAGACAGUGGCAAUUAUCUAGAUGAAAGCUCGAGCGGAAGUGUUGUUGGUGCGGCGGCAAAUGCUAAAACAAAUAAGCAACCACUUGGCCCUGCUAAACAGCAGGAUGUUGUAGAAAAUGCUACAGUAUCGAAUAGUUUACAUACAAUACAUUCCUCAACGGUUGUGAUUGCUGAUAACGCCAGUGGAGUCGGGGCUUCACACCCUCAUCAUAUAAAAAAGCAGGAUAGUAUAAUAAUGGAAGAGGAUGAAGAUGAUAUAAUGAUCAACGAAGUUGGUGUAAGCAAUAAUGCGAUAAGUAAGGUUCAACAGUCGUCGCUUGGUCGAACGCCGAGUCAAGAUUCAAUGAUCGCAAAUGAAGAUGAUAUAAUGUCUGAACUGCCAUCCUUGUCCGUCACAGUCAAUAGAAACGUGCUCAUGCGUGGUGAAACCGAAGAGGUGGUGAGCGGACAUAUGCACAUGCUACGGAAACCGGAGGUCACAGCAAAACAGCGGUGGCAUUGGGCUUACAACAAAAUCAUAAUGCAAUUAAAUGUAAGUAAUAACAAACAUUAUAAUAUACCCCUUCUGUUGAUUGAAAACAUCUGA